AUGGCGGCCAACACAAGAGACCCAACUGUCUCCUCUCAGCGGCCGCCAUAUAACCCACUGGUCAACGUUGCCAACACAAGGCCAGUUCUAGUGGAUGAACAUCUACAUGACAAGCAGCACAUUUUUCUAACCCGCCCGAUUUUCGGUGCCUUGUUAUUCGAAAAUAACACCUCUGAUGCUCGUGACCACUGCGCCAAUGAACGGACCUUCCUCUCCUGGCUCCGUCUUUCGAUGUAUCUUGGCGUGGUGUCGCUUGCCAUUAUCAUAUCAUUCCACUUUCAUGGUGAACCGACGGGGCUCGAACGUCGGAUGGCACUUCCAUUGGGCAUCAUAUUCUGGGUUUUAAGUCUGGCUUCCCUUGUCAAUGGGUUUGCGAACUACGUUCGGACGGUCAGGAAAUACAGUCGCAAGGCAGCUUUGGUCCAAAGUGGAUGGAAAACGCAAAUGACCUUCACGGUGGUAGGGGCUGUGAUUUUAGGAAGCUGCAUCUUGUUCCUGGCCACGGAUGCGAAGUCUUCGUCCUAA